AUGUCACAGACGAACGAGAUAUGCCUUACGAGGUUGACAGUGAGUUUCUUAAGUAGCCUAAGUACUGGCCUCUUAACCAUUGGCCUUCCGCGUAUGGCAGUGGAGAUUGGGUUACCGGAUUAUCUGAUCGCAUGGCCAUCAUCUGUAUAUACGUUGGCAAGUGGAUCUUGUCUAAUCAUCGCCGGAUCCAUCGCAGACGUUGUUGGCAACCGGAUUGUCAAUACAAUCGGCUGCUUCUUGGUCGGUUGCUUCAUUAUAGCAUGCGGUGUUGCUAGAACUGGUAUCGAGUUGAUUAUGUUUCGUGCCUUCCAAGGCGUCGCUGUGUCCCUCUGUCUCCCUACCUCUGUUGCCAUUGUUGCUAGCAUUACAACCAGUGGCCGCGAGCGAAAUAUUGGGUUUUCUUGCUUGGGUUUUGUGCAGCCCAUUGGCUUUUCUCUUGGCUUGGUCCUCGGAGGACUUCUUCAGGAUACAGCAGGGUGGAGAGUGGGAUGGUAUAUAUGCGGUGGGCUAACCAUGGCCCUAUUCUUCAUCAGCCUAUGGGCAUUGCCAGUGGAUGAGAAAACUGAAGGCACAGUCUUAUUAAGGCUGCGGAGAGACGUUGAUUGGAUUGGUGCAAUCCUAUCUUCCGCUUCUCUAGCACUCCUCUCCUAUGUUCUUGGGGUGAUGUCGAGCGGAGUGCACAACAUUGCAAUCCCGGGGAAUAUCGCAGCGCUUACGGUGGGUGUACUACUUAUCCCAUCUUUCAUCUUUUGGCAGCGACGACAAGAAAGGCGGGAAAAGCCAACCUUGAUUCCCAAUUCCCUAUGGAAUAAUAGAACAUUCACCACCGUCUGCCUCUUGGUUAUUUUUUCUUACGCUGUUGUCAACGCCAUGGAGUUUUUCUGCAGUCUGUUCUUUCAAAAUGUUCAGCAACUCUCUGCGCUUCAGGCAUCCUUGCGCAUCCUCCCGAGUCUCAUCGUAGGGGCGCUAGUACAAGUCUCAACUGGUUUGCUCAUUCACAGAGUUCCUGCUUUUUACCUUCUCCUCGUAUCCAUGAUACUGAGCGCUGGGGCACCGCUGCUGAUGGCAACCAUAAGUGUGCACCAGCCAUAUUGGUUUAAUGCCUUCUUCGCCCAGCUGGUUUCGCCAGUCAGCGCAGAUAUCCUCUUCACAGUCGGUUUACUUGUUGUCUCUGAUGUAUUUCCGGCCCGCAUGCAGGCAUUAGCAGGAGCUGUUUUCAACACUGUUGCCCAAUUUGGCACUUCAGUUGGUCUGACUAUCAUGGCUGUCAUUGCAGCCUCAAUCACAAACGGCUCCAAGUUACAGGACAAGAACUCUCCAGAUGCGCUCAUGUCUGGGUAUCGAGCGAGCUUCUGGGCUGCUUUUACCUGGAUGGGUUUGGCGUGCUUGAUUGGUGCUUGCGGGCUUCGGAAGAUUGGAAUGGUUGGUCUAAAAAGAGACUAA